AUGAUUUUUGCUUUUAAGAAAUUAAGUGGAAAAACUUUGUCUGUGUUAAGUAUUCUUAAAAUUUUCCAUUUAGAACAUAACAUUUAAGUGAAAUUAGAUUUUAGUAAGAAUCAUGUUAAUAAAUAAGGUAAAUGUUGUGAUACACUUCAAAUUAAUGAGAAUGAAAUUGUAUAUGGAAAUUUUUCAAUUAUUAAUUACUUGACUAAGGUUAAAAGAAAUCCUUAUUAAAAUGAAAAAUUGUGGUGGGUGGCUCAUUAACUUCAAGAUGUAAUUUAAAUAAAAAAGAAUGAUGUAAAAUAUUUAUUAAUUUUAUAGGAAGUUGUUGAGAAAAAGAAAUAGGUUAAGACAGAUAAUGUCAAAUCUUUAAAUAGAAUUUUGGAGUAGUAAAAGUAUUUAGAAGGAGAAGAAUUAUCAGAGACAGAUAUUAUUGCUUAUAUCAAAUUAAAGAGAGUAAAACCAGAAGUAAAGACAUAAGGUAAAUUAUAAAAAUGGUAAAAUGCUGUUGGAGCUAUUGUUGAUCCUAUUUUGACAUCAACAGAAAAUGUAUUAAAUAUUAAUUUAAGUCUAUUAGGAAUUUAAUCCAUAGAUUAUCGCAUUUCAUGAAGAAAAAAGAAAGAAGCAAGAAGAAAUCAAUAAAAGAAAAGAAUAACAUCAAAAUGCAAAGAAAUAAGCAAAAGAUGAUUAAAAUAAAGGAAAAUAAUAAUAAUAAUAAUAAUAAUAAUAAUAAUAAUAAUAAUAAUAAUAAUAAUAAUAAUAACAAUAAUAAUAACAAUAAUAAUAACAAUAAUAAUAACAAUAAUAACAAUAAUAAUAACAAUAAUAAUAAUCAUAAUAAUAAUAAUAAAGCAACAAAAUAAAAUAAAAAGAAGAAAUAUCAUAAGAUUAUUUGAAAUAAUUUUCUGCUUAAAAAAUCAUCAGAACAAAUUUAGGAUAAUAGAUUCUCCCCUAGAAAGAUAAAAGAAAUGUCCUAAUUACAAGUGCUUUACCUUAUGUGAAUAAUGUUCCUCACUUAGGAAAUAUUAUAGGGUGUGUUUUAAGUGCAGAUGUUUUUGCUAGAUAUUCAAGAUUAAGAGGAUAUAAUACUUUAUAUAUAUGUGGAACAGAUGAAUAUGGAACUGCUACUGAAGUAAAAGCUAUAUAAGAGAAAAUGACUCCUUAGGAGAUUUGUACAAAAUUCCAUUAGAUUCAUAAAGAAGUUUAUGAUUGGUUUGAUAUAGAUUUUGAUUAUUUUGGAAGAACUUCAACUCCCAUUCAUACUGAAAUAACUUAAGAAAUAUUUAAUCAUUUGCAUCCUAAAUAUACAACUUAAAAAAGUAGUCCAUAAACAUAUUGUACAUCUUGUAAGAUGUAUUUAGCUGACAGAUAUGUAAGUGGUGUAUGUCCACAUUGUUAAUAUGAAGAUGCAAGAGGUGAUUAAUGUGAUAAUUGUGGUAAAUUAUUAGAUCCAGUUGAAUUAAUUAAUUCAAAAUGUUACAUCUGCAAAAAUUAACCUGAAAUAAAAGAAACUAAACAUAUCUAUAUUAAUUUACCAGAUAUUUAAGAAAAAUUAGAAAAAUGGAUUCAUUCUACAUCUUAAACUGGUCUUUGGUCUUAAAAUUCUUACAAUGUAUCUAAAGCAUGGUUGAAAUUAGGAUUAAAAGAAAGAUGUAUAACUAGAGAUUUGAAAUGGGGUGUUUAAGUUCCUUUAGAUGAAUAUAAAGAUAAAGUAUUUUAUGUCUGGUUUGAUGCACCUAUUGGUUAUUUAAGCAUUACGGCUAAUUUUAUUAAGGAAUGGAAAUAAUGGUGGAUGAAUCCAGAAAAUGUCGAAUUAUUUUAAUUUAUGGGUAAAGAUAAUGUUCCAUUUCAUACUGUUAUUUUCCCAUCUACAUUAAUGGGAACUGAAUAAAAUUAUACUCUUUUGAAAACUAUUUCAACAACAGAGUAUUUAAAUUAUGAAGAUGGUAAAUUUUCUAAAUCUAGAAGCACAGGAGUUUUUGGUGAUAAUGCAUAAGAUACUUAAAUUCCAAAUGAAAUCUUUAGAUAUUAUUUAUUAAUCAAUAGACCAGAAAAAAGUGAUACCAUAUUUACUUGGUAGGAUUUUGCUAAUAAAAAUAAUAAUGAACUUUUACCUAAUUUAGGUAAUCUUGUUAAUAGAGCUCUUAAUUUCAUUUAUAAAAAUUAUAAUAAAUCAAUUCCAAAUGUUGAACUCAAUCAAUUAAAUGGAAAGGAUGAAGAAUUUAUUAACCUAUUUAUGAAUAAAUUUAAGAAUGAAUAUUUAGAUGCUUUUGAAAAAGUAGAAAUUAAAGAUGCUCUUCGUAAAGCUAUGGAAUUAAGCAGUCUAGUGAAUAAAUAUAUUUAAGAUGAAAAAGCAUGGGAAAAAGAACAAAAAGAAUCAAAAAGAUCAGAUGUUAUAUUAUUUGUUGCAGUUAAUGCAAUUAGAUUAGUUAGUGCUUUGAUUGAACCAUUUAUGCCUUCUGUUUCUGCUAAAAUUAAUUUUACUUUAGGCUUUAAUUAAAGAACAGAAAAGGAUGAUGUAUUAUUUAAGCAUGUUUUAUCAUAUGAUAAUAAUGUAUCUGCUCUAUUGAAUCUAGUCAAUCCAGGAUAACCAAUUAAUUAGCCAGUACCUAUUUUUAGAGAAUGUAAUCUAUUUAUUUAAUAAUAAUUUAGUCAAACCAGAAGAAGUAGAAAGGUGGAGAUAACUUUAUAAAGGUUAAAUCUGAUAUAUCAUUAAUAAUCAUAAAUAUUAAAG